AAUGUGAACCGUCUUGGGAUAUAGACCUCUUUUAACCGCCUAUAAUAGAGGGCGUGGUUUCUUUAUUUUAUGAAAUUUACCUUUAUGAGGUACAAUCCUAAAAUUCAGCAAAUGUUAUUUGUCAUUUUAAGGCCAUUUGUUUAGUGAAUCAAAAUCUCCCCUUGGAGUGCGUCUGCUGGCUUUCGUUUUGAUCUUACCACUGAAACACAAUUACCAGCACAUUUUUGAUAGUUGGCGGAAUAGAAUUUCAGUCAUCUGAUCGUCGAAUAUAGCUAACAAGGCAUUACGAUAAGUGCCAUCAUAUAGUUAUUUUAAUAUGAUUAAAUUCAGUAUAAGUCAUCAUUAUUAUACAAGUAGUCACAAUAAAUUAUGAAAUUUGCAAUCCAUGGCCAUAGAUUGGGCUAGUUUUUUCUUUUUUAAUUCUGGCAGAUUUAUCGAUGUAUUUUAUAUUUCGAUUUAUUCAAAAGCAGUAGUCUAAUCUCAUUGAUUACUGGUGACAUGUUUACAUAUAUAUGUGUGUUUUGUUUACGUUAGCGUUCUUGUAUCACUAGUUGCUACAUUCCUCGUGUAUAGUGAUGUUAGCGUAUAAUUUUCGUCCUUCUCGCCCUAAGGCCGCACAUAGGAAAUCAAAGACUCGCUUAGUGAGAGGUGAUACAAUGUUUCCGGUUGAACGAGGUGUUGUGUCGCCGCAGAAAAGAGAUCUCAGGCAAUUAGAUGACUCCCGAAGCCGAUCUAAUUUACAUCGUGAAUCAAAUAUGUUCAAAACGACGAGUCAAAGAGAAGAUCCAACCGUCGGUGAACAAGAAAUCCGGCAAAACUUGACCACAAGAAUACUCGAUAAUGGUAAAGCAAGUAGACAAACGUGGCCAGCAGAAGACCAAAGACGUCAGUUUGCAGCAAGUUGUUUUGAUUACGUACAGAACUAUCAUCAUUACAUACUGGACGUAAAAAAGUUACAAAGAGGUGAACAGAUACCGUACCUAUCGCCAAGUCAGGCAACAGUAAAACAGACCACGAACACUCCAAAGUGUUUGACAGAAUUACCGAAAAGAAGCACUAAAUCGGCCUCAAAGUUAAGGCGAGUCUCGUGGGAACGAAAAGACAUCGAUGUCAAUUCACAAUUGGAAAGUACUUUGCAAGAUUUGAUUGUGACUGAAAUCGAAGAUGAACUUAACAAAAGCCAUGUUCUGAAUCUAAGUUGUUCAGAACUACGUGCACCAUUAGCGACACCAGUAGGCACUCCGCGUAGUUCUAUUGUCCAUUCAUCCUUUCCAGAUUUUCCACAUAGCUCUUAUAAAAAGGGAAUGACCACGGAGAUUCAAAAGCCAUAUAUGUCAGCGUUCCAAACUAGAAUCCCUCCACUUAAGUCUUGUGAGUCCAUAAAUGAUCGACGCAGCUAUCGAAGGUCAAAUGAAGACGGUGUCCCUGAUUAUCAACGUUUCAGGAUUCUCUGUGAUGCGUUUAGACCUUGCACUCCUCAAAGAACAAAAAAGAUGAAACAUAAGAAAACCUUACCGUCACAAGUAUUGGAUUUUUAUACACGCAUAGUCAAUGUUGAUUAUGCAAGUACUUAAAUAGAAUUAUGAGAUGCUGCAGGUUCCCUCUUGUACGCUUGUAAUCUUAAUGUAUAAAGUGUUUUGUCUUCAUUUGAAUUUUGUGUGGAUGGAAAAGGAGAAACUUUGGCCUGUCGUCUGUGAGGACAGCAGCAACUUCGUCUGGCAGCUGCAAAAACCUCUUGUCUGUAGUUUUUGUUUGUGAGACAGUAGAUAAAUGGAUUGGCACACGAACUGAAAAAGGCUAACAAAUUGAACGCCAAGUAGAAGUCUUGUGUUAGAAUCACGACUUGGAAUUUUUUCAGUACCCAAAACGUCUCGGUUGGAAACCAGGAAACAGUAAGACACAACGCAGCUAGCGCGCACAUGCGCACUACACUCUUUUUGACUGCUGUUCUCUCGGCUCUUGGUUGAAGUGGAUUUCUUGUCAUUCUUAUCCAGAUAUGGAUAAAAGACACCCAUGUCACGAAACUCGGAAUGUAGAAGGUGACUGCCACAUGAAAAACUAGGAAACCUUUUUCUGCCU